UCAAACUUGAGGAAGCUGUUGCCAAAGACACCGACUGACUGUUUUGGCAACAAAGACGCAGUUGUAUCCUUGCCAGUCCAGUUGCUGUAAAGGCCACCAUGACAUCCAAAGGGGCAAAAGACACCAUAGUCGCCAAACUGGGCUUCAAAUCCAGCAGCUCCUCCUCCAAAGCCGAAGCAGAAGUGGAGCGAGUCAGGAGGGAGAACGCUCACCUCAGGAGGAAGAUGGACGAGUUGGCCAAGCGUCACAGCAGGCCGCCUGACUCUGACAAAAGCAAGUUGCUCGAAAGGAUUGUUUCGCUGGAGACGCUUCGCGAGAGGAACAAUCAACAGUUGCUGGUCAAGGAGCAAGAGUUGGAAACGGUUAGGCAGCAGCUGUCAGCUAAAGGAGGAGAGGUGGUGGCGGCACUGCAAUCCCAGCUGGACCAGCGGCGCAAGGAUGUGGACAAGAGGGACCUUGACUUCCAGAAUCUUUCACAGGAGACUGAGAACCUAAAGAAUAAGCUGGCCACUGUUUCCGCCCGCUGCCAAUCUCUGGAGACGCAAGCGGUGAAUGGACAGGCAUCCACUGCAGACUUGGCCUUGGUACAGGAUCAACUGAAAGAUGCCCUGGAGAAGAACCAGCAGUGGCUGGUGUACGACCAGCAGCGAGAGGCCUUCGUCCAGUCGGUCCUCGCCCGCACCCACGAGCUGGAGCAGCAGCUGAGCCAGGCCGGGCGGCAAGACUCUACUUCUACCACCGCCGCCGCACAAGAUGCUGCAUCUGAAUCCUCGGAGAAGGAGGCGCAGCUCAGGAGCCGCUACGAGCAGUCCAUGUUGGCCUCGCAGAAGCAGCUGGACGAGCAGAAAGAUCAGCUCGCCAGAGCCCGGCAGGAAGUCGUCAAGCAGAAGGAGCAGUGCGACAAAAGUCAGGCCGAGCUGCAGCGCCAGACUGAGCGCGUGGCCCGGCUGCAGGAGGAGACGGCGGCGCUGCAGCGGCGCUUCGACGACAAGUACGACCAGCUGUCGUCCCUCCAGAGCAAGUACAAGGAGAGGACUAAAGAGCUGGAGGAGGCCAGGGUGCAGAUGCAGACGGAGCGGCUCAGCAGCAGGAAUGCAGUGUCCGAGGAGAGGCAGGUGUCCUCGGAUCGAGCAGACAGGAUGAGAACUGAACUGGAGAGCAUGGACCUCAGACUGGAAGAGGAGAGGAAGAGAUCUGCCGAGCUUCUGCUCCAAGUCAACCUGCUGCAGAAGUCUCUUCUGAGCCAGAAUGAAGAGCAGAGGAGGAUAGCGGCACUAGAGCAGCAGAUCCAGCUCUCGGUCAAAGACUUUGAGAAUGAGAAGAUGGACCGUCAGAGCGUGCAGCACCAACUUCACAAAGUCCUCAAGGAGCUUCGCAAGGCCCGUGAUCAGAUCGCCAAGCUGGAGUCUUCCAAGCAUCCCACCAGCCGCUUCUCUGAGCCCAGCUCAUACAAGGAGCUGGACGUGGAGCGCCUCACCCGCGACGACGCCCGCUCGCCCACGUCGCCCUCCAAAGCCGGCAGCCUUCUGGACGAGAGCUUCUUGGAGUGCCCCCGCUGCCGGGCUCACUACCCCACCAGCCGCCACCGGGAGCUGCUGGCCCACAUCGACUUCUGCUUGGCCUGAUGUGUGUGCGUGUGUGCGCGCUCCUGCCAUCCCCUCGCAGAAUUAUAAUCAUGCUUUCUUCAACUUCUGACUGGACACCUCUCCAUCUUGGCAGUAAAUUAAACUAUUUCGAAAUCAAGAAGCCAACUUUUGGUUUUUAAAUGCCAAAAAUUGAUUUUAAGGGACUUCCUGCUUCCAGUGUCAAAGCUUAGUUCUUGUGUCUCAAGUUGUAUUUAUUCUUUUGGUUGGUUUUUCAUUGAGCUACUUACUUUUUAGUAGUAGUAGUCAGUUACUAUACUCAUAAUGUGCUCUUUUUAAGAUAUUGAGGGAUUAUAUUUGUUUUUAAGCAGUGUGUGAUUGUGUAUCUCUAUCAUUAAGGGACAAAACCUUUUUCAUGAUUAUUAUUGGAACAUGCUUGAUUUCACACUCCAGCCUGCUUGGC